GACCCCUUCCUCUCAAAUUCCUAAAACCCAAAAGAAUCAACCUCUCAACGUUUGGAAUUCGAAACCCUAAAGCCCCAACUCGCAAGAAUCCGAUCGAAUUAUCCAAAAACCAUGACCAAGAUCAACGCCCUCCAUCGAUUUCUUCUCCCCUGCUUCUCCCCUACCUCCGCGAAAUCCACCCGCUCCGCCACCGCCGCCCCCAAGAAACGCCUCAGCACCUCCUUGCGCAACGACCUGGACGACAUCAACGCCGCCGCCGCCAAAGCCCUAGAUCCCCAGGACCAAGAUUCCCAAUCUUCCACCUCGCCCACCCCCCAAAACGAAGUCGUCUCGGUGGUUCUGCCCCAGCAGCCCCGCCCCUCGAAAUCCAUGGUCAUCGGCACAAUCUUCGGCCACCGCCGCGGGCACGUGUGGUUGUGCAUCCAGCACGACCGCCGCUCCACCAAACCCACCCUCCUCCUCGAGCUCUCGGUCUCGACCCACCAGCUCGUCAACGAGAUGCAAUUGGGGCUCGUCCGCGUGACACUCGAGUGCAACGAGUCGGACCGGCCCCAGCUCAUUGAUUGCUCGCUCCUGACCGUUCCCAUUUGGACCGUUCACAUCAACGGCCGCAAAUUCGGGUUCGCGGCGAGAAGAAAAGCGAGCGAGAAGGUGAAAUUGAUGCUGAAGCUGAUGCAGUCGAUGACGGUCGGAGCCGGGGUAAUGCCGGCUGGGUUCGCGCUUGGGUCGGAGGCGGAGUCGCAUCAGGAGGUGAUGUACAUGAGGGCGAAUUACGAUCACGUGGUGGGAAGCGCUGACUCGGAGUCGUUUCAUCUGAUUAACCCGGAUCAGUGUCCGAGUCAAGAACUCAGUGUCUUCCUGCUCCGGUCCAGGCACUCUUGA